GAAUUGGGCGCGCGAGUGUCCUGAAGGGACAGAUGUUCUAUGCUACGGGAUUUCACAAGGCCGCUCUCAUGGCUGCCAAACCAAAACCCCAGCUACUUCAUAAAGUUGCAGGGACAGCGGUGGAGAGCUCACCGAAAAGAGCGAGGACAUUAUCCACUCAGUCCUCCAUGAAAGACGCCUUCGCUAAAUAUGCUGAGUACCUUAAUAACCUCAAUGAUAAACGGGAAAGAGUGGUGAAAGCAAGCCGUGAUAUUACAAUGAACAGCAAAAAGGUCAUUUUUCAAGUACACAGAAUCAGUAAACAAAACAAAGAGGAAGUUCUGGAAAAGGCAGAAAAGGACUUGGCAGAUGUUACAACUCGGCAUGUGUCCCGACUUGUAAAUGAACUACAGGGGACCGAUUUCUGGAAGCUAAGGCGAGCAUACUCACCAGGGGUGCAAGAAUAUGUUGAAGCUGCAACGUUAUGUAAAUUCUGCAAAACAGGAACUCUUUUGAGUCUUGAUGAGAUAAAUGCUGUAUUGCUACCCCUCAGUGAUCCAUCCCUUGAGCCUUUACAAAUUAACAAUCUCGACUACAUCUUGGGGCUUGCAGAUUUGACUGGAGAACUGAUGCGGUUAGCAAUUGGUCGAAUAUCAGAUGGAGAACUUGAGUUUGCUAAGAAGAUAUGCAGAUUUGUUCGUGACAUUUACCGUGAGCUCACUCUACUAGUCCCACAUAUGGACGAUAAUUCAGAUAUGAAAAUGAAGAUGGACACCAUGCUUCAAAGUACGAUGAAGAUAGAAAAUGCUUGCUUCAGUGUUCAUGUUAGAGGUUCAGAAUACAUGCCACUACUUGGGUCAGAUGAUCCCGGUUCAUUCUUGUCGGGGGUGCCCGAUAUCGAGCUAUAAAGUCGUUUUUGCGUCUCGGAUCGCUCUAGGCAUGCAAAAUCUUCGUUAGUAACCAAGAUUAACUUCUGCAAAGUCACGUAUUUGUUUUGUUUUGAAAAUGAAAACACUUGGAAGGUGAAAGGAUAAACAUUCUUAUCAUGCCUAAAUAGAGAUCUAGAACAUCAGUAGGAGAAAGCUUGGGACUUUUGCAAAUGUUUGUCAAGUUAGCCCAAGUGGGCCAUGAACAUCCUGUAUUUUCUUUACUUUUUUUAUUUUUACGACAUUUUAAUUAGGUUUAGA